AUGUUUAAAGUAGCCCUCUUCUUUGGGCUGGCAGCUGCUGCCCCAGGCCUGUCUGUCAAUGCUACCUCGCGUGCUCCGAGCAUCUCUUCGGAGGCCAUUACCUUGUCCCUCUCGUCACUUUCGAACUACACGUACACAAGUUAUCCCUCACAGACGGCCACUCCGACCACAAGCGGUCAGUCCCUCCCGACUGACUACUCUGAACAGGCUUGGUCGAUGCUUUGGGAUCAGGUGGGCCCUGUGAGCACAGCAUCAAUCAAUUAUACGGUUUCGCCGACACCAGAGGCAACUCCUGUACCUCCUCCAUACGGCUUCUCGUCGCAGGUCACCACCGGCAAUCUGAGCUCUUACAAGUUCCCUUCGGACUUCGUGUGNGGAAUUGCUAGCGCUGCCUACCAAGUCGAGGGUGCCGCGAAAGAUGAAGGGCGCGGUCCUUCGAUCUGGGAUCUCUUAUCUCAUCGCGUUCCUGGCUAUGUCGCGGAUCACAAUACUGGUGAUAUCACAGAUCUGGACUACUACUUGUACCCCCAGGACAUCCUACGUCUCAAGGCUUUCAACGUUCCAUACUAUUCAUUCUCCAUCUCCUGGAGCAGAAUAUUCCCUUUCGGUCGAGGUUAUGUCAACGAGCAAGGACUUGCUCACUACGACGAUGUCAUUCAGAGGCUUGUUGAAGCCGGCAUAAAGCCGAUCAUCACUCUCUUCCACUGGGAUACUCCUCUUGCUCUCAUGAACGACUACAACGGGUGGGUAUCUGAAGAAAUCCAGGCAGACUUUUUGGCAUAUGCACAGCUUAUUAUCAGUCGCUACGACAAGUAUGUUCCUAUCUGGGUGACGGUGAACGAACCUCAAGUCUUCUGUGGCGAUGAGUAUCCCGGCUUCCCCUCAGGAUAUUGGCCGCAGUAUGGUGUCACUGGCCUACGUGCACAGUACUACUGUGGUCACAAUGUGCUGUUAUCCCACGCAGCAGUCGUGGACUGGUACAGGAACGAUUUCAAGGGCACUGGCCGUAUCACUUUCAAGAAUUCAGCGAACAACUACAUCGCCAACACUACGUCUACUGCCGAUGCCGAGGCUGUUGCUCGCGGGAACGACUUCCAGCUGGGCUGGUUCAACUCUCCCGUUUGGCAGACUGGAGAUUACCCGACUUCGCUGAGAGACACUCUGGGCGACCUGCUGCCUCACUUCACGGCUGCUCAAAGCGCAAUGAUUCUUGGCUCUUGCGACUUCUUCGCCAUCGACGGCUACACGACCGAUGUGAUCGCCGCCUUGCCCGAAGGUGCCGCUGCAUGUGCCUCGAACUCCAGCGAUCCCAACUACCCGACCUGCAUCACGCAAUCUCAAGUCACAGCUUCUGGCUGGGACGUAGGAUUCGCUGCUGACCUAGGCGCCUCCUGGCUCAAGUCAGACCCCAGCGGUCUCCGUACCUUCCUCAACUACUUGCAAAAGACAUACACAGGACCCAAAGGCAAGGACAUCGUUUUGAGUGAAUUUGGGUUUGCAGAGCCUGGAGAGAAUAACUUCACCACCCUGCAAGACGCACUCUACGAUCAAUUGAGAGUCGACUACUUUGCUGGCUAUCUGAACAAUUUGUUAGCUGCCAAGGUCGAGGAUAACGUCAAUGUCACGGGCGCCGUUGCCUGGGGUAUCUUUGACAACUUUGAGUGGAGCAGUGGGUUGAGCACGAGAUUUGGUUUGCAGUAUGUGAACUACACAACCCUUGAGAGAUAUCCCAAGGCUUCUAUGUUCACUUUCACGGACUUCUUCAAGCAGCACGGUGUGUAG